AGACUACUACACAAUGUAUUGAAGAGGUCAUCCGAUGUCGGACGUCUGCCACCAUCGUCUGCCACCGUCAUCUGCCAAGUGAUCGGCUAGCUCUCACCAUCGCCUUGGAUUGUGCUGCCUGCCUUCUUUGUCAUUCAUUCAGCACGUACCUCACACGUCUGAUCGUGUAUCGUGUCCAUUCGCGGCAUUCUGAUGUCUGCUCAAUCAUUCCUGUCGGAAGGUGGACAGUAUGCUCUCCACUGAUUGCCUUGGCACGACUUCUAUUCUUGACCAAAAACUCUCUGCACGAUGGCGAUACUGUUGGCGUCGCUCUGGACUCUCAGCGUGGUGGACUUUAUGCGGAAGUCAUAUGUUUAUUCAUACAAUUUCAUGACAGUUGGGGUCUGUCACCAAUAUCCUUGCUGCAAACCAGCGCCAGUGUAUCGGAAUUAUGGUGAUUUUGCUGCCUAAGGCGCGCUUCUAACCCGGAACUUACUAAAAGGCGUAAGCCCGCAUCAACUCCGACUACAUCGCCUUCUUUUGGUUACCCAAAGCCAGAUAUCUUUAUGAGCUUCAUGCCGCUACCAUGAGACGCUCUUCAGAUAUAAAUAUGAGUAUGUUUGGAGGCAUACUGAAACUCCUCCAUGCCUUCCUUUUGCCUCUCAUCCUCUACAUCAUGAGUUCAGCUUUGCAACUUCGCCGUGCAGUCUCUGCUACAUCCAAUGACCUGCUUCCCACUAUGCGGAUGACCUCAACGAGGCAUCGUCGUCGACGUGUCUCCAGGACUAUCACCACUCUCCAAUAUCCAGAGCAUAGUGACGAGUCCCCCUUUGAUCUCCAAAUUUUCGACAUCUUCGAUGCUCCUAGUCGACUAGGAGAAUCGAGCAAAAUCCUCGCCGGCUCGCGGCCUUCGCCUUCGUCUUCAUUUUUAUCCCCAAGACCUCUCAGUUCGUCUGCACGCCGUCGCGCCUCUUCCCAUCGAAUCGAUCCGCUACCUGCACCGAUAAUAUUUGACGGACCUGCCCAACCGAGACAUAUUGCUAUGAUGUCGUAUCGGGUUGGACGAACUCGACCAUCGUCGACUGACGCCUCACACACAUCGCGAACCGUUCCAUUGUUACCUGAACCGGUUAUCUUUGACGGACCCUCGCAACUACGGUCUCGUAGUCGUGGGAGUUCUACAGGCAACGGCUCACGAUCGGAUUCAUCGUCACCGACGCUGAUGCUUCUCCUUGGCGCAGCAGGCGCGGUAGUUUUUGCUGGAUGUGCUGGGCAUGAUCCAUUGCAAUUACAGGGAAGAAUCUCGUCAAAGUGAUGGUCCUUGGUUAGUUCGGUUGUGGUUGACUAUGGAAUAUCAAGGAAUAUGUGUAGAAUUAGAUGCCAGCUUAUGUAGCUCUAUCUGUGAUUUGGGCUUGAAUAUCGGAAACGAGUAC